AGCCAAUGAGAGAGCGCAGAAGCGCGACCUUGGGGCAGUGGCUCCUGGCGCGGCCUUUGAAAGAGAAAUUGUCGCGGAGCAGUCAUGGUGAAGUCGGGGCUCUCGGCUGCCGCCGCCGCCGCGGCAGAAGAACGGCAGAAGAAGCUGCAGGAAUACCUAGCAGCCAAGGGAAAACUGAAGAACCAAAACACCAAGCCUUAUCUAAAAGCCAAGAAUAAUUGUCCAAAUCCACCACCUUCUAAAUCUACCAUUAAACUCAAAAAUGAUGUUACCAACCGUGCUGUUUUGCCUGUCAAAACUACAAGGUCCAUCAACAUUAAACUCCAGUGCAAACCAGCUACAGUACCAGGGUCCCAGAAGCCAAAGUUAGAGGGACCAAAACUUGUGGGCAAAAGUCUGACUUCAAGAGGUGUUUCCUCUAACCCAACCUGUAAACCUUCCAGCAAGAGUCACCAGCAACAUGAAGCUGGACCAUCCACUACAGAAAAUCUGUCAAGCAAACCCAUGAGGUCACCUAAGACACAGGGACCAAAAUCUACAAAGCAGCGGGUUACAGCUCAAGCAAAUGCAAAAUAUACAGACACCCAUGUGCAAAACAAAUCUUUGGAUGGCUUGCUCAAAGAGCUGAACAAGGAGAACUUGCUUCAAACCUUGUCAGAACCUGAGAAGAAGCCAGAUCCUGCAUUAUGUACCAUAAGUAAGCCAAAGACUAACUCUUAUAAUCAAACCAAGAGCCAUUUGACUACUAAACAGGUCUUGGGCAAAAGUGUGAUGAGCAGUGCUGUUCUGAAAGACAGGGUUAAUAAGCAGUUUGUUAGAAAAACACAAACUAGGACUCUACCAGUAAAGUUACAGCAGCUCUCUAAAGGAGUAGAGCUUGCAAGACAAGAAAAACCCUCAAGGACAAUUCCCUCUCACUUCAGUCAGACCCUUCAUAGGACCCAAGCAUCAAAGAAGCCAGUGGUCAAGAACAUAAAGGAUGUGAUGGUUAACAGGAGCAAAUAUGGACAACCAAAAGAAAGUCAGGUACAGUCACACACUGUUACUGAAGAGAAAGUAAAACACACCAAACCCAGGACACACCUCAGUUCACUGCAGGGAGGACCUAACAACAGACAUCCAAACAGCAAGCAAGACCAGAAGUCCACACAACCUUGUUUUAGGUCCCAGACACAUGAACUGCUAAAGUCAAAAUCCGAAAACCAGAGGCCUAAUUUGAAAGCUGGCAACUUUCUUUCAGUCCUUCCAAUGACUCCUAGCAUAAGGACAAAUGGAACCAACAGCUUUCAACAAAGAGCACAGACUGUGGACCCCAAGUUGAAAAAGACUUUUCCCCAGAAGCAUUUCCUGAGCAAGACAGCUCCCAAAACUCAAGCUAGUGUCACAACCAGAAACGAAAGAGUCCCAGAUGAUACCCAAACUAAUCCAACUGUUAAAAAAACAGCAGCAGAGGAUCGAAGGAAACAGCUAGAAGAAUGGCAGAAAUCUAAGGGGAAAAUCUAUAAACGGCCUCCCAUGGAACUUAAAACAAAAAGAAAAGUAAUAGAGGAAAUGAAUAUUUCAUUCUGGAAGAAUAUUGAAGAAGAAGAGGAAGAAAAGAAAGCACAACUGGAGCUGUCCAAUAAGAUUAACAGCACCCUGGCAGAAUGUCUGAGGCUCACUGAAGAGGGUGUACUUUCUAAUGAAAUAUCUACCAUUUUGUCCAACAUUCCUGAGGCUGAAAAAUUCGCUAAAUUCUGGAUCUGCAAAGCAAAGCUAUUGGCAAGAAAAGGCACCUUUGAUGUUAUUGGGCUGUACGAAGAAGCCAUUAAAAAUGGAGCAAAACCAAUUCAAGAGUUACGGGAAGUUGUUCUUAAUAUUUUGCAAGAUCAAAACAGAACUGCAGAAGGAGCUGCCCCUGAUUCUUUAGGUUCUGCAAAUAUCAGAUUGAUGGAAGAGCUGGUCAAGAAGACGGAAUCUGAAGAGUCCUGUCUUCCUCCAGAAGAGCAGGACCAGGUUCCAGCAACUCCCCAGAUAACCAAGGUGGGGCAGAAUAAUCAUCCUGGUAUCAAGUUACAGAUCUCCUCCAUCCCCAGAAUAAGUGGGAUGCCAGAAGUGCAAGACAUGAAGCUCAUCACCCCUGUGCGGCGCUCAGCAAGGAUCGAGCGAGCAGUGUCCCGCUACCCAGAAAUGCUGCAGGAACACGAUCUGGUAGUGGCUUCUCUUGAUGAACUCUUAAAUGUGGAAGAAACGGAGUGCUUUAUAUUCCGUAAAAAUGAAGCCUUGCCUGUAACAUUAGGGUAUGAAAAUCCUGAAUCAUAAUGUCUCAAAGUCCAUAAGACUCCUUGUCCGUUUAUAAAGAUUGAUUAUAUAAUGCGUGAUAAAAUGAACAGCUACUUUGAAGAAAAAGAGACACCAUGGUAUCCAGUGCUGAUUCUGUAGCGUCAUGCUGUGAAAUCCAGUGAGGCUAUUAUUCUCUGUUCAGAGUGGUCUUAGUCUGUUUUGUAUUGUUUAAUUUCAGCAUACGUGAAGGUAUGGACAGCUAUUUUGAAGAGAAUGAGACAUAUUAUGGCAGCCAUUUAUUUUCCUAUUGUCUGGUUUUGAAGGCCUGUAAUACCUUCAUCAUUCUGUUCUGAUCAGUUUUAUACUAUUUUAUUGUGUGUGAAGAUAUGGACAACUAUUGGAAAAAAACAAGAGACGGUAUGAUAGACAGUGAUGAUCUCCCAUUGUCUUGCUUUGAAAUUUCUGAUCUGCUUUGUUCUGCUUUGUUAUGUUUAGUUUUACCCUCUUUAAAAUAGAA